GGCAGGAGCGGCUGCGAGCGUUGAGCGGAGGGGUCCAGCACAGCGUCGCCAUGGAGGCGCUCAUCCCGGUCAUCAACAAGCUGCAGGACGUCUUCAACACCGUGGGCGCCGACAUCAUCCAGCUGCCGCAGAUCGUCGUGGUGGGAGCGCAGAGUAGCGGCAAGAGCUCGGUGCUGGAGAGUCUGGUGGGCCGGGACCUGCUCCCGCGGGGCACCGGGGUGGUCACCCGCCGUCCCCUCAUCCUGCAGCUGGUCCACGUCUCCCCCGAGGACAGGCGGAAAACAUCGGCAGACGAAAACGACCCUGCCUCAUGGAAAAACGCAAGACAGCUUUCUAAAGGUGUCGAAGCAGAAGAAUGGGGUAAAUUUCUUCACACAAAAAACAAGCUUUACACUGACUUCGAUGAAAUUCGACUAGAAGUUGAAAAUGAAACGGAGAGGAUUUCAGGAAAUAAUAAGGGGGUGAGUCCCGAACCUAUUCAUCUUAAGAUUUUUUCACCCAAUGUUGUCAACCUGACUCUUGUGGAUCUGCCAGGCAUGACAAAGGUACCUGUUGGUGAUCAACCCAAGGAUAUCGAACUUCAGAUAAGAGAAUUGAUCCUUCGCUUCAUCAGUAACCCAAAUUCAAUCAUUCUGGCCGUCACCGCGGCCAACACGGAUAUGGCAACAUCUGAGGCUCUGAAAAUCGCCAGGGAGGUAGACCCAGAUGGCCGCCGGACCUUAGCCGUUAUCACUAAGCUAGACCUGAUGGAUGCCGGGACUGAUGCCAUGGAUGUCCUGAUGGGAAGAGUCAUACCGGUUAAACUGGGAAUUAUUGGCGUGGUGAACAGGAGCCAGCUAGAUAUUAACAAUAAGAAGAGUGUUGCCGAUUCCAUCCGGGAUGAAUACGGAUUUCUUCAAAAGAAAUAUCCAUCUCUAGCCAAUAGGAACGGAACAAAAUACCUUGCCAGGACACUGAACAGGUUAUUGAUGCAUCAUAUCCGGGACUGCUUGCCAGAACUGAAAACAAGAAUAAAUGUUCUAGCUGCUCAGUAUCAGUCUCUUCUGAAUAGCUACGGGGAGCCCGUGGAUGACAAGAGUGCGACUUUACUUCAGCUUAUUACCAAAUUUGCUACAGAAUAUUGCAACACUAUAGAAGGAACGGCCAAGUACAUAGAAACGUCUGAACUAUGCGGUGGGGCUAGAAUAUGUUAUAUUUUCCACGAGACCUUCGGGCGAACGCUAGAGUCAGUUGAUCCACUCGGCGGCCUUAACACUAUUGAUAUUUUGACCGCCAUCAGGAAUGCCACCGGUCCUCGUCCAGCCUUGUUCGUGCCCGAGGUCUCUUUUGAGCUACUGGUCAAGCGGCAAAUCAAGCGCCUUGAGGAACCCAGUUUGCGCUGCGUGGAGCUGGUCCACGAGGAAAUGCAGAGAAUCAUCCAGCACUGUAGCAAUUACAGUACUCAGGAACUGUUGAGGUUUCCUAAACUGCAUGACGCCAUAGUUGAAGUGGUGACUUGUCUUCUGCGUCGGAGGUUACCAGUUACAAAUGAAAUGGUUCACAAUUUGGUAGCGAUCGAAUUAGCGUACAUCAACACCAAGCAUCCGGACUUUGCCGAUGCCUGCGGACUAAUGAAUAACAACAUAGAGGAGCAAAGACGAAACAGGAUAGCUAGAGACCUGCCUUCAGCGGCGCCGAGGGAUAAGUUUUCUAAGGCUCCCGGGACUAUGGGGUCGGCCUCCCCGGAGCUCGCUGCUGCUGCUGCUGCUGCUGCUGCUUCGGCUGAGCCCGACGGCAAGGUUGCUCCUGGAAGUGGUGUAGGAGAUGGAAUCCAAGAAUCAGGGACGGGAAACUGGAGAGGGAUGUUGAAAACCUCAAAAGCUGAAGAGCUGUUGGCUGAAGAAAAAUCCAAACCAGUUCCCAUCGUCCCUGCCAGUCCUCAGAAAGGCCACGCCGUCAACCUGCUGGAUGUGCCUGUGCCCGUUGCCCGGAAACUAUCUGCUCGGGAGCAACGAGACUGUGAGGUGAUCGAGAGGCUCAUUAAAUCCUACUUUCUUAUCGUCAGGAAGAACAUUCAAGACAGCGUGCCGAAGGCGGUGAUGCAUUUUUUAGUGAAUCACGUGAAGGACACCCUUCAGAGCGAACUGGUGGGCCAGCUGUACAAGUCGCUGCUACUGGAUGAUCUCCUAACCGAAUCCGAAGACAUGGCCCAGCGCAGGAAGGAAGCGGCCGACAUGUUGAAGGCUUUGCAGAGAGCCGGCCAGAUAAUCGCCGAGAUCCGAGAGACGCACCUCUGGUGAAGGACCGAAACCGCCUCAGCGGUUGGGUGGACGAGGGCCCCGCCGACUUGAAAGUUGCUAAUUACCGCGCCCGUGUGCUAGAAUAUUAUUUAUGAACUCUC